AUGCCCGCCGAAAACCCAGCCUUCGUUCUCAAAGCAGUUAAAAAUGUUGUCUUGGAAAACAGACCCAUCAAGCCCUUGCAGCCCAAGGAAGUGAGGGUUCAUAUAGAGCAAACCGGUAUCUGUGGAAGUGACGUCCACUACUGGCAGAAGGGCCGUAUUGGAAAAUUUAUCAUGGAGGAGGGAAAAGACAUGGUGUUGGGACACGAGCUGGCAGGUACGGUGGUGGAGAUUGGCUCAGAUGUGACCACAUUGAAGAAAGGUGACAGAGUUUCAGUGGAACCAGGCGUGCCAUGCCGUUACUGUGAUCUUUGCCGUGAUGGUAAAUACAACAUGUGUGAGGAUAUGGUUUUUGCAGCCACGCCUCCAUGGGAUGGCACUUUGCAGCGUUACUACAAUGUUGCAUACGACUACUGCUACAAGAUCCCAGACCACAUGAAUAUGGAGGAGGCCGCUCUUGUUGAACCAGUCACCGUUGCCGUUCAAGCAUGCAAGAGAGCUGAUCUCAGAGGAAGAGAUUUUGUUGUUGUGUUCGGCUGCGGUCCAAUUGGAUUAUUGUGCCAGGCUGUGGCCAAGGCUCUUGGGUGCAAAAAAGUGAUUGGUGUUGAUAUUUCUGACGGACGUUUAGAGUUUGCCAAGACCUUCGGAGCUGAUGGUGUUUUCAAGAUGCCUCCCAAGGAGGAGAACGAAGAUGCCGAGGCAUACGCCAAGAGGGUUUCUGCUACCAUCAAGAAGGAAUUCGAUAUUGGUGAGUACGGAGCUGAUGUGAUCUUGGAGGCUACUGGUGCGGAGCCAUGUAUCCAGACUGGUGUCUUUUUGGCAAGACACGAGGGAAGGUUUGUUCAAACAGGUAUGGGCAGAGAGUUUGUCAGCUUCCCUGUUACUGAGGCUCUUGUGAAGCAGCUCAACUGGACCGGUACCAUCAGAUACUCCACCGGCUGCUACCCCACUGCUGUUGAUUUAGUCGCUUCUGGCAAGAUUGACGUGAAGAGACUCGUCACCAACAGAUUCAAGUUUGAGGAGGCCGAGAAGGCGUUUGAAUUGGUGAAGGAGGGCAGAACCGAUGUGGUCAAGGUGAUGAUCGCCGGUGUCACCGACGAGACCAAGAUCUGA